AUGUAUUUUCCAUUGCUAUUGGUCGGAAUAGUAAAAGUGAUGGCUGACAAUUUCGGAUUCAUCGUGCAAUCAGGAGAGCAGCAGUGUCUCCAGGAUCAAUUAUUGAAGGGAUAGAUGAUGGCAUUGUAGAUCAUUGCUAACUCGACAGAGUUCGAGUUCACAGUCGAGGUACUCACUUAAUUCGCAAUCCUGAAAGCAAGGCCAAAAAGACCCGCAGCAGAUCGAGUCCCGUAAAAAUGAGAUCCUCAUCAAGUACACUUUGACUAUGUGGAGCAAUGAAUACCUGAAAUAUUGCUUUAGAGUCUUUGGAUCGAAAAACGCUAAGUUUGACAUCACUUACAAGAAAGGCGAUGAAACUGUAGAUCGAGAGCAGAUGGCCAACAAGGAAGAUCUGGAUUUGAUUGAUGGCUAUUUAAAGCAAUUGGAUCGAGUCUAUGCUUAGAUGAAGGAUUUGAAUAGAUUCCAAAAGGGUUCACAAGAGAACAAUCAAGGUCUGGGAGAAACCUUGGGAUUGUAGAUGACCACCUUUACGAUGCUAACCUUGCUAACUCUGUGUAUAUCUACAUAUGUCAUGGUUAAACAAAUCAAAGUGACAAUAAGAAAAUAAAAAGAAAAAUGAUAUAUUUUUAAAUAA